UAUGGUAUCUGCUUACAAAUUAAAUGAUGUAAAUACUCAUCGUUUUGUAUCUUCUGCCUGAUUCAAGAGGCGAAGCGACUACUAUACCAACGAAUGAUUUCAUCGAAAAGUUUUUUCUAUAUCUUUUGUUUUGCGAUUGUUUUAUAAGCGACUUGCUUACAAUAUGAAUCUAAGACGAGUAAAAAUGACUAUAAAGCGAAAUUUGAAUGUUUACGCAUCUUUGAUUUUUGUUGUUUUCGUUUUUCUGUUUAUCUUUAUCGGAAACUUAAGUUGGACUAGAGAGGAGCCGGUGGAGUCUAGCGAAGAGGAGGAUGUUUGGCUCGAUGGCUUUGAGGAGUUACAACCUGCGAUCGAAGCGCCCCUAGUUUUCACAGUGGAUGAAGUGGUAGGACCCAAACUGACUGAAGCAGAGAUCGACGCUUUAAUGGACCCUAAAUUGAAACCCUUGUACGGUGCUCGAAGGAAGGGAUUCUCGGACCCGAUCAACGCAAUUCUCUAUAAUUUUCCAACGAUUGGAGAAGCCAACCUGGCUCAGUUUAAACAGUUGGCUUUGCUGGAACCUGAUUUGAACAUCAGAAAGUCGCAACGAGAGCUCCCGCUGUUCGAACACGACAGAUACGUGCACGUCAUGUUCCAGAACAGACACACAUUCGACUGUCGAGAUAAAGAGACUGUCUACUUGAUAGGGACUAUCAACGAGUCCAAACAUCUAGACCCAGACCACACGGACAAACCCAAACCAACUAAAGGGGGAUCCACCUUCCAAGUAGCGGUUGAAGGAGAGAAGGUUGGGUCCACAUUAUGCACAGUUUACGACCACCUGAAUGGCCAGUAUAGUUGGAUCUGCCCCUUCGCUAAGUACGCCUGUAUGAAGGUCAGCAUUCUCUUUACCUACCUCAACUUCGACGCCUACAGACACUACUCUCACUUCAUAGGCCUCAAGAGGUUCGACCAGGAAUUGUGUAUAGAUGAGAUCAACAAACACUCCCACUGUGCCAUUCCACACCAACCUAUGAUGGGCCUGUGGGAUAAAACUGUAUUCAAAUCACCUGAUCAGAAUUUGAAGUUCGACACUACCAAUAGCUCACAUGCUACAUCACUCUGCUCAUGCGCGAUGAAAAAAGUACAGAAACUUUUAGUGCUCGUUGAAAAACCGGAACAAGGUCUGAAAUACGAGUGCUUACGGGACUUCUGUGGCGAGAAUGGAAUAGCAGUCGAAGUGCACUUGCUGAAAAAUUUUCUUUCCGUUUCAACUGAGGACAAACAAUUCGUGUUCAUCGAUCUAGGAAUGUGGAAUCUACAGGAAGGUCCGAGGUAUGCUCUCGAAUUAUUCCAAAAAGAUCUUGAACCUUCGAUAAAACCUGUGAUUCAAAAGUUUGGCGCUAGUUAUAUUGCUCUUGUUUCUACUACAUCAACACCUCAAGCUAUAAAAGAAGAUAUGCAGAAUAACGCUAUUCUAGCCGCUUUGAGUGAAGUUCAAAGACAAUUUGCGAAACAAAAUGGGUUCGGGUUCAUAGAUAUUUUUGAGCCCACUUAUCUGAAGUAUAAAACGGGAGGUUUGGACCACCAGACACCGAACUACUUCACAAACAGUUUGAAAGAGUGCCAAAUAGCUUCCACGGCUAAAGGAGCUUUUGCCAAAAUGCUGAACUAUUUAUGCAAACUUCAAUUAUGAAAAAUUUAUUGAACCAGAAAUAGCAACAAAGCGGUGAGAUGAAAUCUUGCCAUUCGCAGCAAACAAACUUGGUCUUUAUGAAAAAAUGGAGACUCAUGCGCAAGAUAUCCUGGUCUUGAUGCUUAAAUAUUAUAAAUCAAUCUAUGCAUAAUUUGUAGUUGUAUCAAUUUAAACUUCAGAACUUU